AUGAAUAACCCUAUAGAAUCAGCAGAUGCAAGCUCAAUGAAUCGUCCAAAUGACAUUGAUCACCAUCACACCUAUGUAAGAAAAAGAACCAGAGCUACAGCAGAGCAGCUUGCCGUCCUUGAAGACACAUUUGCUGUCAAUGUCAGUCCAAACAGCAAACUCAGAAAGCAAUUAGCUGAGCAAUUGAGCAUGAGCGAAAGAUCAAUCCAAAUCUGGUUCCAAAAUAGAAGGGCCAAAGUAAAACAUAUGCAAAAGAGAGCUCAAAUGCAAAUGCAACAAGCGGCUAUACGUGCACAGCUCUAUCAUUAUCAUCAGCAGCAGUAUGGUCUGAUGUCUCCUUAUGGUCCGCCAGGUCCAGCACCUCCAAUGAUCCCAUUACCGUAUCAUCACCAGCAGCAUCAGCAACAGCAACAGCAACCCUUCUAUUAUCCUGCCCCUUACAUGCGAAACAGAAUGCCACUACCAAGAGCUCAAAGUGUGGAUACUAUCCCUUACUACGGUAACCAAAAUGAAUUGGCUCGGUCUUCGUUUCCAACUCCUGGCCCUGAGCCAUUUAUGCCAAAUGAUUGUGCAACUCCCCCUUCUUCCUCCGUGCCUGGUCUUCCUCAAAUGGUCUCACAACACCAGUAUCCCUCCAUGUCCAACUGGUCCGUUUCACCUUGCUAUCCUGUAUUAGAGAGUCCUACUAGAAUGUCUAGACAAAGCAUGCCUCCAUCUUUCAAUCCUUUGUCGCACACAUUAGUGGAUGAUAUGAACUCUACAGCUGGCACGCUGCCCUCUUUUCAUUCGGAAUUCGGCGAUGCUAGUAAUAGCGGAAUGAACCACUUGGCUCCCUUUAGUGAUAGAAAUGUACUAUCGGAGGAUUUCCCUGACUUUGUCCACGGUCAAAUGUCUCCCUCGCUCAGUCCUAACCGAGAGAACCUCCAUCCUAGCAAUUUCUACUUUGACGACUCUAAACAGCUGAGCACCGAGAGAACCGAUUCAGCAGAUGGACCCACUCCUCUUAAUGAGUCCGACAUGUGGAUCUCUUCCUCUCCUAAAAUUGAUUCUAGUGAUACUGUCGACAGUGCUUCUCAAGACGCGUCAACCCAGGACAGCGAUAAAACUGUGAACCCCUCUACUUUGAUGAUGGCUGGCUCCUCCUCAACAGUUAGUCAAGACAACGAUACUGGAAGCAACUACUUUAAUGCUACUACACUGACUAUCGGUGCAUGGCAUCGUCUCAAGCUUCACGCAAACGACUUGAUCUGUCUCUACAAAGCUGAACAGCAGGCAUUCGUGUGGUUCAUUACGGAAGGCGGUUUGCGUUUCAAGGUGGAAAUCCCACUGACAAGCAUGCUGGGCGUUGAAUACACGCCUUCAGUUGAUAGCAAUGGCGAAUCCACAUCUGACAUCCACUUUUACAUGUCUCAACCCCCUCUCUUCUACAUGGAAUCACAAGAUGACACCAAAGCCCAAUGGGUCCAAUGCAGCGACUUUACUGAAAACAAACAGGCUUCCAGAUAUCUUCGCCAUACACUGAAAGGUACUCAAUUGAAGCAAGACCUAGUCAAUCUCAUGAAUGAGAACAAAGAAACAAGCAAGCUCAUCCAUUUCUUGGAUGCUCCAUCUACCUCUGUAACUACACCAUUCUUACCGUCUCAACAACACCCACAAUUACACCAAAGCCCAAGUUCUACCAUGGUUGUCCCAUCUGCUCUUCCUUAUCCUACUUCAUCCUAUUAUUGCUACCCUGAUACUUCUUCUGCCUCUAUGGCGUUGAUGUUAAACAACAAUGCAUCGCUUUUAGCUACCUCCGAACCACCUGUGCCUGUGGGAGGAUUUUACGCUUAG